UUUGGGGAUCUUAAUCGGUUUCGUCUCGCCGUUGAGAAAAGUUUGGUCAGGUCUGCCUAAUGUACGUCUCCCUCAAAUAUCAGCGCAGCACUUCGAGCUUGGAAGAGCAGCGUGCGAGUCUAAAUAUAAAUGCAGACCACCCCCUCCCGAGACUGUUGCGUGGACCGCUCAGUUUGUGUCAUUCAAGCACAGCACAGUUAACUGUUUCACAGGGUGUCAUCUACGGGAAGCGAGUACCGUUGUGCAGAAGUUCAUCCAACUCAAAACAAGACACUGAGAAAAGAAGGGGCGUACAAGUUAAAGGAGGAGCCCUCGAGGAUGGAGGACCGGUCAGCGAGUGCUAUGGAGGCGGUGGAAGACAAACCGGUCAAGACAUCAGUGGCAGAGCUGGCAGGAAAAUUCAAGGGUCAGGUCUUGCCCCCUCCUGCAGGAAUUCAAGGGACCAAGCCAGGCCGUCGGAGACCCCCCUGCUCUCUGCCUCUCCAUGGCAACAACCUUUCUUUGAAAAAGGAACCAGGGCACGGCGAGGAAGAGAAAGCACACCCUGCCAAGGUGAAGCCCAAGAACUCUCCACUCAUUGAAAAGCUUCAGGCCAACCUUGCACUGUCACCCACUGCCCUGCUGCCCUCCCCCAAGAGCCCUGGAAUCAAACUGCACCCCUCGCCCUUCACCAGCCCCCCUUCCACGCCCCACAGCCCCACCGUCCGCUCUCGCUCCUCUGAAGACGAAGUUCCUGUUAGCUUCGAGAAGCCAGUGGAGGGGACUGUGCUACCUAGCAUCAGCAAGGGUCGAGUGCGUGUGUCUAUCAAGCGCAGGCCCCCCUCCCGACAGCACAGGAAGUCCGCAUCAGAGGAGCCCACGGGCAAAACUCCCCAGGAGAGCCCACAGCAGAAUGGGGAGGAUGACGUGUUUGAGGUGGCCAAGGAGCCCAAAGAUGUGCCUCCCAAAGACGCAGUAGGACAGAUCAAGACCCCUGAAGAGGGGAUGGAGCAGGAUGGCUCUACAGCCAAAGACACGCAGGACAAAGUGGACCCUGAAGGUAAAGAUGCACUGGACAAGGCUCAGGUGAUCUGUGAUGCUGCCCAGGAGGCCCCGGACACGAAAAAAGCAAGUGAAACAGUGAAGGGGUCUGGGCAGGAUUCCGCAGUCGAGACCCAGGCUGCAGAAGGAGCACCAGAGGGCCUGAGUGAGGCCAAUCCAGAGCAGGGCAGUCUGAGCCACAGUGACAACAAGGUCAAAGGAGAAGAAGAAACACAGGCACAGGCCAAGGAAGAGGAGAGACAGAAAGACGCAGGGGAUGAGAAGGAGACGCCCAAAGGCACAGGAGAGUGAACACUUCCUUGACGAACCCAAAUCUGUCCAGUCACUGAAGGCUGUCAUACCUGUGAUAGCCAAUCCCAUUAAAGAGAAAAACAGCUUGGAUUCCAGCCAGUCACCAUUUCAGCAGUCUCCUAUUCUCUCAUGAUAGUUCAAUGAAGGCUAUGUUGCUGCUCCAAAACACUGGUCUGCCCACAGGCACCAGCCCUCCUUGGCACAUGUAAGUACCGUGGAAGAUUUCCAUGGAAACACCAUCCAAGUCAGAUACAUGAAUAAAGUCAUUGUUGGAUUACAGGAACAAAUAAAUGAGCAAAUACCAAAACAUUGAAAACACAGAAUUCAACAUUCCUCAGGUUUUAAUCAAUUCUGAUUAAUAGCCCCCUGAUUACUGUAAGGACAAUCAUGAAGGAAUAACCUGAUGUGCAAUUUUCAAAUUUUUUUAUUGUGUAUCCCCUCAGUUUGGAAUCCCCAAUUAUAUUUUUACAUCUCAGCUCACAGCGAAGAGCCCUAUACUCACACAGGGAAAACAAGGAAGUACAGACAGACUCCCCAGACUUGCCCACCUCCUUUCAUUUUUUUUACAUGCUACUGGCAUGACGUUACCAUGAGUCACCCCAAAAAGCAGCAGGGGUGAGUAUUUGGCAGUAAGGAGAGCUCUUAUUUUAUCCCAAGCCUCCCCACAGUAGCACUGACAUGAUCUGGAUUCAGACUUCCAACUCCUGGAUUACAGAGCUCAAUGUGCGCUUGUAUCAAGUGUUUCAGAACGAUCACUAAAGAUUAAGUAUAGCUUGUGGAUUGACCAGACCCAAAAAAAAA